AUGGCUACAUCGAACCUCAAAACCACGACCGUCACGACUGAGAACUGCGUCUUGCACGUCACAUACACAGGCAGUGGAUCAAAAUUACUUGUCCUCGUCCCUGGAGGCACAGGACUCGGCUCGUCGUUCCACGCUUCUCUCCCGGGUCUCGCUUCGUCUUCCGACAAUUCAACGGCCCAGUACACGGUCGCGACGUUCGACCGGCGCGGGCACGGAGCAUCGAAUCUCACGUCCAGCGGAGCCAAGAUCACGUCGUUCUUCAGUCCCGCGCAAGCUGCACGCGAUGUCGCUGCGAUCAUCGCGCAUUUGGGGUUCCAGCGAGCAUCUGUGUUUGGCACGUCACAGGGAGGUGUGAUUGCGCUGAACUUCGGGGUGUACUUCCCGGACAAGCUGGAGAAGCUGGUUGCCCACGAGAGUCCGACGUUUGGGUUGUUGCCUGAUCUGGAGGGUGGGAGGUGGGUUGAUCAUAUCACCAGAACCUAUGCCGUGUACAAGGCGAGUGGGGCGGGUCCAGCUAUGAAGCUGUUCGCUCGAAUGAUCAGGGGUUGGGACUCGACGAGUAAGGACGUGCCUUCUGAAGGAGAGGUUCUGGAACCGCUGCGACCGGCCACGGAUGAUGAUGUGAAGGAACUUUCAAAAGCUGGGGACGACGCUGCAGAACCUUCGCCUGGAGCCUCCGUUGACCAGCUCUUCUGGUUGGAAUAUGAAUUCCUCACUGCCAUUGCCGUGCCAAAUCUAUGGGACUUGAGGCGCCAUCUGCACGGUGACAGGUACGAACAUCUGUCUUCAGAUUCUCUAGCCUGUGUCGUUGGUAAGGCAAGUCGAGAUGCUCCUUACGCCACCACAACAUAUCCUCAAGCAGAGAUCACGGGUUCCCAGCACCAUAUCUGGCCUGCUGGCCAUUUGAUCUACGUGUUUGAUCCUGAUGCUUUCGUUUUGGCAUUAAGGGAUACGCUGGAUCGAUUGAAGUAA